CUUUCUUAAUCGCGUAGUGCCACCCAUUUACAGAGAGGACACAGCCUUUUAUUCAUCUCUCUCUUCCUUCUCUCUCGCUCAUUAGCAAUUCUGAAAAUCAUUUAAAGUUUUGAUUUUUUUUCUCUCCCAAUUCAAAAAUUUUCUGAUCGUUUUGUUCAUUAGGGAUUAAAGGGUUUUUGUUUCCUUCCUUAUUCGGAAAGUUUCUGUUUUUGUUGAGAUUGGUGAUUCCGCCGGAGAUCUACUUAUCGUCGCCGAAGAGACGAGCUUUGAAUUGAGAAGGGUGGGUGGCAUUUUGGUAAAUAAGUUGGUUAAUCGGCGGAUCUGAUGUGGUGGAUGAUGGGAGAAGCAGGUGGGCAUUACUGUUCUAAGAAGACUGAUUCCAUCUGUGGUGGUGUUUGUAGUCAGGAAACUGGUAGAUUCUUCAGCUUCUCCAGACUCUGCUGCGCUCUCCGCGGCGUCGACAUGAAGACAUACAUCUUCCUACUAGUCAUCGUCCCGACAUGCGUCCUCGCCGGCUACAUCCACGGCCAGAAGAUCUCCUACUUCCUCCGCCCUUUAUGGGAAUCCCCUCCCAAACCCUUCCACGACAUCCCUCACUACCACCACGAGAACGCCACCAUGGAGACUCUCUGCAAGCUCCACGGCUGGGGAGUACGUGACUACCCUCGACGAGUCUACGACGCCGUUUUAUUCAGCAACGAGCUCGACAUCCUCGCUGUUCGUUGGAGAGAGCUCUACCCUUACAUCACUCAGUUCGUCCUCUUAGAAUCAAACUCCACCUUCACAGGCCUCCCUAAGCCUCUCGUAUUCGCAGCUCACAGGGACGAGUUCGAGUUCGUGGAGCCGCGUCUCACUUACGGCUCCCUCGGUGGGAGGUUCGUCAAGGGGCAGAACCCUUUCUACGAGGAGGCAUAUCAGCGUGUAGCUCUUGAUCAGCUUCUGAGGAUCGCGGGGAUCACUGAUGAUGACUUGCUGCUGAUGUCUGACGUCGACGAGAUCCCGAGUAGACACACUAUAAACCUCUUGAGAUGGUGUGACGAGGUGCCUAAGAUACUUCACCUGAGGCUCAAGAACUAUCUUUACUCCUUUGAGUUCUUGGUUGAUAACAAGAGCUGGAGAGCUUCUGUGCAUAGGUACGAGACGGGGAAGACGCGGUACGCUCAUUACCGUCAGAGCGAUGAGAUCUUGGCGGAUGCCGGGUGGCAUUGCAGCUUUUGCUUUCGGAGGAUUAGUGAGUUUAUAUUCAAGAUGAAGGCUUAUAGUCAUAAUGAUAGAGUGAGGUUUAGUCAUUUCUUGAAUCCUAAGAGAGUUCAGAGAGUUAUAUGCAAAGGAGCUGAUCUUUUCGAUAUGUUACCUGAGGAGUAUACGUUUAAGGAUAUUAUAGGGAAGAUGGGUCCGAUUCCUCAUUCUUUCUCGGCUGUUCAUCUUCCUUCUUAUCUGCUUGAGAACGCAGAGAAGUAUAGGUUUCUCUUGCCGGGGAAUUGUGUAAGAGAAAGCGAAUGAUGGAUGGAAUCUUCACCGCACAAGAUCUCUACAUUGAGAGGAGACUGGCUUGAAUCCCCUCCUCAGGACUAAUAACACUUUCACAGCUGAGAUAUAAUGUAUGAGGCGUAUUGGUGUGUCUGGUGAAUGCAGCAGCUCACCAGGCGCUUGGGAGAGGAUUAUUUUGAAAGGGUGAUGAAGAUUCUUUUUGUAUAUAGAUAGAUUGAUGAUCUCUUUGUUUCUUUUAAGGAUUCAUUCUAUGUGACCUUUGCUUGCAUCUCCAAAACAUGAGUUUGUGUUCUCUUUCUUAUGAGUUUCUUUCUCCCUUUUGGGAAGUUUUGCGUCAA